CGCACCGUACGUCAUGACGUCACCUGGCGGCGGCAGAAAACGACCGUUUGGACCGUGAACAGUUUGACCGGAGAGAGUUUGUGUCCGUUUAUCAGACGUGUUUCUGGGUGUGUUUGUGUCUCAGCUCCGCCUCGGCACACGGAGCGGCAGCCCGUUCAUCCGACCGCAACCGUCAGACGCUCGGAGGUGUUUAUCUGCGUUUCUCGGCGUUAAGAGGAGUAAGAACCAAGGGCCAGCGGUCGGAUAAAACAUUUCUUAAGGAGUUUUGGAAAAGUGAAGAGACUCAGCUUGGGGUCCAAAAUGUAUUUAACCGUCUUCUUUGUCCUCCUGGGGACAGGACUGACGGUAAACUGCGAGAGACACUCCCUCACUUACAUCUACACCGCUCUCUCCAAACCUGUUGGACUCCCUGGCAUCCAUGAGUUCACAGCCAUGGGUAUGCUGGACGGCAGGAUGAUCGACUACUUUGACAGCGACAACCCAAAGAAAGUUCCUAAAGAGAAGUGGAUGAAAGAGAAGCUUGAGUCAGAUUACUGGGAGAAAGGGACACAGUCCCGCCAGAGCAAACAGCAGUGGUUCAAGGUCAACAUCGGGAUCCUGAAGGAACGAAUGAGACAGAACGACUCGGACAUCCAUGUUCUUCAGUGGAUGACGGGCUGUGAGGGCGACGUACUGUCUGAUGGCAACCUGAUGUUCCACCGUGGCCUGUACAUGCUCAGCUACGAUGGAAACGACUUCCUGUCCUUCGAUGAUGCUAACUCAGUCUGGGUCGCUCCAACUGACGAGGCAGUCCAGACCAAGAGGAAGUGGGAUAAUGACCAGGACCUGAAAGACAAAACCAAAGGCUACGUUGAGCAUGAGUGCAUCCAAUGGUUGAACAAGUUCAUGAUGUAUGAAGAACAGCAGCUAAAAUCAGCCCCUAAACCUAAGGUUUACCUGUUUGCAAAGGACUCCAAAGUUAAGGCAAACACCAUUCUGACGUGCCUCGCCACAGGCUUCUACCCAAAAGACAUCAUCCUGAAGAUCAAGAGGGGUGACCGAGUUCUAACUAGAGAGGACGGACUGGUGACCUCGGGCGUUCGACCAAAUGGAGACGACACCUACCAGAGAAGAGACAGCGUGGAGAUUUUAAAGACUGACAAGUCUGAAUACACCUGUGGGUUCAUUCAUGAAGCGUCUGGUGUCUGGAUUGAGAAGGUCUGGGAUCACACACUUCAUGAGGCUUCACUAUCCAGACCUUUCAUUGGUGCCUUGUCAGGAGUCCUGGUUGUGGUUGGUCUUGUGGCUGUGGUGCUGAUUGUCUUGUGGAGACUGGGCUAUAUUGCAUUUCACCACAGUAGACGAAGGAACAAUGCACAAGGUGGUAACAACCAGAGAACUGUUACAGCCAGUGCUGUCCCUCUCCUGAACACAAACAGUCAAGGUUGUAAAAACAUGACAACAGUUGCUGUCCAGACACCCACUACCAUCCCCCCCUCUCCUUUCUUCGGUCAAGGUUGUAAAAACAUGACAACAGUUGCUGUCCAGACACCCACUACCAUCCCCCCCUCUCCUUUCUUCGGUCAAGCAACUAAUAACACCCCGGUAACUAAUAACGCCCCAGCAACCAAUCACAUUUCUCCAGAGAAGAAACCUCUCCUGAGUCCAGAUGACAAUGACCACCCUGAGCAGAAUGGAAGUGGUGCAGACGAGGAGUGAAGUCUCCACAGAUACAAACCAAGUAAAACAAAAGCACUUCCUGCUGAUCA